GCGAUAUACGCGUAUAGGGAAUAAUCGCAAGUUUCUGCAUUGCUCUCUUUCAAACGCGUUGUCUUUUGUUCUGGUGUCAAGAGAUGCGGUAUCCAUCGUGCACAUACUUUACGUCUGUUGAGGUGCUUGGUCAAAAUUUCGUGUACCUUUGCUGAUGAGACACCAACAACACUGGCAAGAUAUUUUAGAGUAUAUUUACCAUCUUCCCCUGCCAUUUUCUUAACUGCAGCCACGGUUCCAUCAGUAACAGCUGUCUUUGGUUGUCCAAUUCUCGAAGAAUCUUUAACGACGUCAACGUCAUUCUUAAAAAUUUUCAACUAAUGACAAACUGUGCUUAACGAAACUGCAGAAUCUCCAUUAAUUUGACAAAUUUUAUUCAAGACUAUUGUUGCAGGUAUAUUAAGAAUGCCUUUCUCUUUUUAUAUAGGUUCUUAUUUCAGCCUUCACUGCCGAUUUCAUAUCACUUGGAGAACAUGUUCAGUGUGUACGACUACCCUUUCUACUUUUGUAUGUAACUUUUGAAAUAGUGAAUAAAUCGAUAAGAAAUUUUAAAUAAGCACAGGUAAUGAAUGUAUCUACCUGUGCGUGACAUCGGUUUUGAUCAUCUAGGAAGAAUAUCGAUGGAAUAACAUUACUUGCAUUAUUUUUGGAUCGCCCCUCGUAUUGGUAAAUUUUCAUCUUCCGUGUUUAGGACUUUAUAUAAAGCUAUGGAGUUUUUCAAGAAUUGAUUUAUUUCAAAAACACCUUCGUUAAGACAGCAACAAAAAUUUAAACAUGGCAAAUGUAUGGACAGUGAUCCUUGCUUGGAGUUUCUUGUGUACAAGUUCUCAGAAAAUUUACUCGGAAGAAAACAAUCGCUGUGCCAGUGAUGGAGAGACAAUGAUGCAAAUAGGAGAAUUUCUGAUUCAGCAAGGGAGGUUGCAGGAAUCUUUAGAUUCCCUCAGACAGAUUAUUAAAAGACUCGAGGAAGAUGUAACCAAGAUCAAGAGUGGCUUAAAAAUAAAUUCUGACUGUCGGAAUAUCUUUUUUGCCGGACACAAGCAGUCUGGGGAAUUUUAUAUAGAUCCAUUUGGCAACGGAAGCUACGUCACAGUUUACUGUGAUAUGGAGACUGACGGAGGAGGGUGGACAUCAAUUCAGAAACGGAUUAGCGGUUCUGUUGGUUUUAACAGGACGUGGGAGGAAUAUAAAAGAGGAUUUGGGAACGUAACAGAUUCUUACUGGAUAGGAAAUGACGUGAUUCAUCAGCUGACAAAGGGAAGGAACUCCUCCCUCUACGUCUCCAUUACAUUAACAAACGGCACCACGUUAUACGAACUUUAUCAUCAUUUUUACGUCUCUGAUGAAUCAGAUAAUUACAGACUCUUUCUCAGGGGACCAGUUACCGGGACAUUAGGAGACGCCAUGACAGGUAGCCAUAACCUGUCUGGAAUGUCAUUCUCCACCCCGGACAGAGAUAACGACAUAGUUAGUCAUAGCUGUGCUGCUCUCUACAGAGGAGGUUGGUGGUUUAACCACUGUCACCACGCCUUCCUUAACGGUCCAUGGUCCCCGGAGUCCUGGACCUACCCAUGGUUUUCAACAGUACAGAGUGGGACCUCAGUGAAGGGGACCACCAUGAUGGUCAAACAUAACUAGGAGACAGCAUGAGAAGCCGUCAAGAUCUGUCUGAGAUGUCAUUCUCAACCCCAGGCAGUGACAAAGA